AUGAAAACACCACCCAUCCCCAUCCACAUCCUCACCCUCACCCUGAUAUCAACAACACUCACCUCCGCAGCAACACCAACCCUCCAAUCCCCCCUCGAAUCCCCCGACAACAAUGCCCUAAACAAUUCCCUCAACAUGAACCCCAAAACAGGAAACCCCAUAAUCCAAGGCUGGUACGCCGACCCAGAAGCCCGCAUCUUCGACACAACCUACUGGAUCUACCCAACCUACUCCGCCGCCUACGAAUCCCAAACUUUCUUCGACGCCUUUUCCUCCCAGGACCUCCGCACCUGGACCAAACACCCCCGCAUCUUGGAGUUCGGGGGGAUCCCCUGGUCCACGAAUCGGGCUGCGUGGGCGCCGAGUGUGAUCCGUCGGCCCGCGUCGCCUACAUUCCCCCACACUGACGAUGCCGCUGCGCAAGGGGAGAAGAACGGGCAUGGGUAUGAUUACUUUAUGUACUUCUCCGCCGGCGACGGGGCCGGGAUCGGGGUUGCGAAAUCGACGACGGGCCGGCCCGAGGGCCCCUAUGCGGAUGCUCUUGGGAAGCCACUGAUCCCGAGCACCGUGUUUGGGGCGGAGCCGAUCGAUGCGCAGGUGUUUAUUGAUGAUGAUGAUGAUGAUGAUGAUGACCGCGUGUGGUUGUAUUUCGGGGGGUGGGGCCAUGCCGUCGUGGUGGAGUUGGGGAGUGACAUGGUGAGUCUGAAGGGGGAGUAUCUCGAGAUCACACCCAAAGGGUAUGUCGAGGGGCCGUGGAUGAUGAAGAGGGAGGGCGUGUAUUAUUUUAUGUUUAGUGUGGGGGGAUGGGGAGAUGACUCCUACGGGGUGAGCUAUGUUAGGGGGGAGUCGCCAACGGGUCCGUUUUCCGCGGAGCCGGUCAAGAUUCUCUCUGGGAAUGCGACGGUUGGCACGGGGACGGGCCAUAAUAGUGUGAUCACGCCAGAUGGAAAGGACUACUAUAUCGUUUACCAUCGGCGGCCGGUGAAUGACACCGAGCGCGAUCACCGUGUGGUCUGCAUCGAUCGCAUGGAGUUUGAUGCAGAGGGGAAUAUCCUGCCGGUGAUGAUCACGACCGAGGGCGUAGAUGCAAGGGCAUUGGAUCAGCCAAAACCUGUCUAG